AUGGAAAAUAGACUAGGUAACUCUAAUGGAGUGGGAAUUUCGAAGAAAUCCAGGUCCUUAGAUCUUAAGACGCUCUAUAAGUCUAGCAUUUCCAAGGAUUCAGUGAAUAAGAGCUUUAAAAGGAAGAAUAGGUCUGGGGAUGAUGCUGAUCGGUUGAAGCAGGACAAGAAGAGUAGGAAAGUUGUUUCUUUAAGUAGCUUUAAGAAAGUUGAUACCGGAAACGACAACAUUCUGGACAAGGCGUGCAAUGGCACCACCGUAUUGCACAGUUUGGAGGACUCCAAGAUGGGUUUGGACGAGAAAUUGUGUGACUCUAGUGGGCUUCAAGGGAUUUCUGUUGGUUUGGCUGGUAGUACGAUUUAUGUUCCUAGACGCAGGAGAGAUUUUGUUGGGAGGAGUAGGUUUGAGAAUGGCCUAGUACACAAGUCUGCAGGGGAAUCUGAUUGUCAGGAGGAGCUGGUUGAUAAUAAUAUCCCUAAGGAGAUUGGUGAAGAAUCUAGUGCUCAGCAUCAACUCUCUAAAGUUGAAGAGAAAGACUCUGACAAAGAAAUCAAAGAAUCUAAUCCAGCAGCUCAGUUGCAGUUGGAAAAUGGGCAUUCUAAUCAGUCUCCAGUGAAAGAUGACCAGUUGGUUGUUGUUAAACAAAGAAAUAGUAAUAGCAGAAAAAGGAAGUCCUCAACAUCAAACAGACGCGUGGGAAAAGAGGCCAAGUCUUCUCCAGGUGAUACUUCGGGCAGAAUAUCCAAGGUAUCACCACGAGAAGACGAUGAGGAGAAUCUUGAAGCUAAUGCAGCAAGAAUGCUGUCUUCGCGGUUUGAUCCAAACUGCACUCAGUUUCCUUCAAAUUCUGUUACUCCUGGUCUACCAUCUGCCAGUAGAUUGCAUCCAUCAACUUCUGGUAAAACUUCAGUUAAUCCUCGGUCUGAGUUGCUUAGUUCCAAAUGUGUCUCAGAUGACACUGAUGAUAGAAUGUUGCGACCAAGGAGAAAGCAUGAUGAAAAGGGUAAAGUUCGGAAAAGGCGCCACUUUUAUGAAGUAUUGUUUUCAGAUGUGGAUUCAAACUGGUUGUUAAACAAAAAGAUAAAAGUUUUCUGGCCUUUAGAUGAGAGUUGGUAUCAUGGGUUUGUGGAUGGUUUUGAUGGUGACAAGAACCUGCAUCAUGUUAAAUAUGAUGAUCGUGAUGAGGAGUGGAUUAACUUACAAGGUGAAAGAUUCAAAAUUCUGUUGUUCCCUACUGAAGUUCCUGGAAAAAAUCAACAGAAAAGGCGUGGUUCAGGGUCCAAGUCUACUGUGAAAAUAAAAGGGAAUGAUACAUCCAGCAAAGAUGAGGAGAAGCAGAAAGGGAAUCUAGAAGAUGAUAGUUGCAUGGAAUCAGAACCAAUCAUCACAUGGUUAACUCGAUCUAGGCAUCGGGACAAAUCGUCCACUCCUAAGGCUGUACAAAAACCGAAAAAAUCGGAAGUAAUGACAGCUAAGGAAACUGUGAAAAUGGAUGGGGAUGCUGUUAGAGACGCUGCAGGACACACAGAUAGAUCUACUAGUUCUCCUGCAUCAUGUGAAUCACCUGGACCAAGUAGGAACGAGUUGGAAAGCUCUGGUUUUCGUAAUGGUAGCAUAUUUCCUAUUGUCUACUGUAGGAGACGACUUCAUACAGCAAAAAAAGGAAUCUACAAGGUGUCAGCUGAGAAUAAUGUUGAGGUUUUGAAGCACCUUCAUGUAUUAAGAAUUCCGGAUCCUGAUAUUGAGUUUAUGCCUAUUGAAGAUUCGGGGGAUCUGGAGCUUUAUUGUCCAUGGAAUGACACAGAGCAAUUUGAGUUGUCCCUCAGCCAACAGGUUGUGUCCUUGAUGAAGUACUCUCUUAUGACGGAUGUUGACUGGCUUUCACGUGUUGCUCUUUUGCUUCGUCAUGGUACACUUGUGACUUUGUGGCCAAGGGUUUGUUUGGAAAUGAUAUUCCUAAAUAACAAAGAUGGUUUACAAUAUCUUAUUUUCGAAGGCUGCUUAAUGGAAGUUGUUCAAUUGAUUUUCCGUAUCUUGAUGGUAGUAGAUCAUUCUAAUAAGCAAGGAGCACAAGCAACGGAUGCUGAUUUGCAGUUUCCAGUUUUCUCAAUUGGUCUGCAAGUUUCUUGCAUCCCUGGUUUCCAAAGGCAACUUGCUUUUCUAUUCUACAGUUUCCAUGAAGUGAAACAUUCGAAGUGGUCAUACUUGGAACAGAAUGUCAGGAGGCAUGCUUUGCUGGUUAAGCAAGUACCAAUUUCAGAGUGUACACAUGAUAACGUGAAGGUCCUGCAGAAGGUCAUGCGGAAGAGAUCUAGGUUUGGAAUCAGCUCAGGCCUUGUUUCUAGAGAAUCGUCAUCUGCUAAAGCCUGCCCCGCAGCUGUUUGCUACAAGAAGCAAAAUACGUCUCCAUUUGAACUUCCUUUUACUGCUCGGCCACCUACACUCUUACUCAGUUUACACCUGAACAUGAUUAGAGAGCUGGGUCAUGAUUCAGCAGACUUCCUGGGAUCAGAAUGUGAUUUGGUAACAAAUGGAGGUAGUGAUAUGGCAGAUUGUACAAAUAAACAUUCUGAACCCUCUCUCAAGAGUAAAGGCCAAAAUGGUGAACCAAUUAUCACUUCGUCCAGAGGGAAACAAGCGCAAGAGUCAAAAGACAUUCAUACUCCAUCUCAGAUGCAGUCGCUGGGGUCUGAUUCUGAAAACUGGAUGUCAUUUAGUUCUUCUGUUGGCAGACAUAAGCAUGAAACCAGGUCUAACGUUCCGGUGAAUGGGAUUAGUAUUCAAGUUCCCAUAUCUGUUCACUGUGAAGAUGGUACUCCGCAGUCAAGUAACUUGGCCUUGAAUAUACAAGGUAGCAUCUCAAGCCCCAAGGCCACUGCCCCAAGAAGUAUGUGGCACCGAAGCAAAAGUUCUCUAAAUGGCCAUCUCUCACAUGGUUGGUCGGAUUCGAAGGAAGACUUUCUGCACACUAAUUUGGCAAAUGGACCUAAGAAACGACGUACCCAAGUGUCUUAUUCAUUGCCUUCGGGGGGUUCUGAUUCUAAAAACAAAGGCUCCCUGCACAAGGGGCUACCGAACAAAAGAAUUAGAAGGUCUGCUACUGAUGUUUCCAGAAGUAUUCAGAAAGAUUUGGAGUCUAGUUUCUGUGAUGCCAAUGUGUUAGUCACUCUUGGUGACAGAGGCUGGAGAGAAUAUGGAGCUCAGAUUGUCCUGGAACCUUUUGAUAAUAAUGAAUGGAGACUUGCGGUGAAAAUGUCAGGGACAACGAAAUACUCACACAGGGCACAUCAGUUUCUGCAACCUGGGUCGGUAAAUAGGUUUACACAUGCUAUGAUGUGGAAAGGUGGAAAAGAUUGGAUCUUGGAGUUCCCUGAUAGGGGCCAGUGGUCUCUUUUUAAAGAGAUGCAUGAAGAGUGCUACAGUAGAAACAGUCGGGCUGCUUUAGUUAGAAAUAUUCCUAUUCCUGGCAUCCGCAUGAUAGAAAAGGAACAUUUUGAUGGAGCAGAGACUGAAUUUAUUCGCAGUUCUUCUAAAUAUUAUCGGCAGACUGAAACUGAUGUUGAGAUGGCAUUGAAUCCUUCACGUGUUUUGUAUGACAUGGACAGCGAUGAUGAGCAGUGCCUUUUGAGAAUUCGUGAGUGUUCGGAAGCUGAGAAUAGUGGCUCUUGUGAGAUCACUGAGGACAUGUUUGAGAAGGCUAUGGACAUGUUUGAGAAGGCUUCAUAUGUAAAGCAGCGUGAUCACUUUACAUUAGUGGAAAUUCAAGAAUUGAUGGCUGGAGUUGGAUCCUUGGAAGCAAUGCAAACAUUAUAUGAGCUUUGGAGACUAAAGAGGCAGAGGAAGGGAAUGCCAUUAAUCAGGCAUCUUCAGCCACCUCUGUGGGAAAAAUACCAACGAGAGCUCAAAGACUGGGAGUUGGUUAUGAGCAAAGCAAACACACCAAAUACCUGUGGGUUACAGAAGAAACAGUCACUUAUUGAGAAGCCAGCGAUGUUUGCUUUCUGUUUUAAGCCUCGAGGCUUGGAAGUCAAACACAGGGGAACGAAGCACAGGUCACAGAAGAAACUCUCGGUUUAUGCUCAACAUAGUUCUGCUUUGGGAGAUUAUGAUGUUUAUAAUUCGUCAGCAGGAAGAAGAUCUAUUGGUUUUGCAUCUGGAGAUGGGAGGUUUUUAUAUUCAAAUCAAAGCUCUGAGCACGUGAAUGAAUAUCCUAUGCAUCCUGUAUAUCCGGGAACAUAUUCCCCCCGUGAACUAGGCAUGGGAUAUUUCUCGAGCGGCGGAAAUGGAUAUCAUAGGAAUCACCAAAACAAGUUGCAAAGAGUCAAUGGGAAGAGGAACACUAGUGAACGAUGGGAUGCAGGCUAUUCUGAAUGGCCCAGUUCCAAUCAUCUCUGUUACUCCAACGGAUCUCAGCGUCUUGAUCUGGAAGAAUUACAGAAUAGUACAGACAUUGAUGAGUACAAACUGCGAGAUGCUGCUGGUGCUGCAAGGCGUGCAUGCGCUUUGGCAAAGCUCAAGCGAGAAAGAGCGGAGAAUUUGCGGUACAAAGCAGAUCUAGCGAUCCAGAAAGCUGCAGCUGCUCUCAUGUGUGCAGAGGCAGUUAAAGCUUCUUCUGUGGACCUAAGCAACAAUGUGUUAGAAAGCUCAAGCGAAGGAUGAGUCGAUAGAUACCACUUCUGUUAGUGAGUGUGGGUUUUGUCACCUCUUGAGUAAAAGAAGAGAGAGAGGGAUUCGACAUGUCCUGUUCGUCAUUCGUCACACGAGCUGGUCUUAACACAAUUUAACAACGACCCAGAUGAGCUCUACUGUACAGAACUUGCCUCCCUCCGCUUUAAGUAAGCUAUAUUUUGAUGCAGCAAUAACACCGAACUGGACUCUGAAACUUUGAUCUCAUGUACCCAUCCGGCUGGGAACGUUCUUAGUAGUUAAGAAGAGACAAAAAUGAGGAGAUGGUUAAAAGAAAAAAAAAAAGAGAAAGAAAAAAAAAGAAAAGAGGAGAUUUGUAAGUAAUUUGGUUUAUUAGCUUCUUUUGGUAGAGAGAUUUAGUUUGAGCAAAAUGAUUCUUCUGCUGCAAGUAUUUUGCGGUUCUCUUCU